ACAGACAAGGGCUAUGCUACGAAAGUAAGCAGUGGCUUCAUGCGCCAUCAAUGCUUAACAGCCUUAGCUCCAUGGAUAACGGUUCCACCAACCCUCGCAUCACCAGUCAUGUAUGGUCGACCUACGGAGUAGUCGGUCACAAUCAGCGCCAAUGACGGAAUCCAUUGAUCGACAACUCGUUUCCGGCUGCGAUGCUCACAGCCCGGUCUCUGCAGUCAACGCCGUUCGCCAUGUCCGAUUAGUGGCACUGUGGCACGCGUCUGGACGAGCGAGUGCGUAUAUAUAGACUCCUCACGAUGGCCCUCCCUAGGCAAUCACACGAGUGCCUCUGCCAACCGUUCGAGGGCCGACAAUGCAUCUCCUCGCCCCAAUUGCUCUCUUCCUCGGUGCCGCUGCGGCCUUGCAGAGCCCGCACAAGAGGGUCGCGAAGCGGACUCCCAAGGCGCCUGUGCAUCGACAGGAGGCUCGUUCAGUCCAGGACAGCCAGAAGCCACGCUACCUAAACCCCAAGUCGCAGAAGUUCGCCGUCAAUGGCAGCGCUAUCCCCGAAGUCGACUUCGAUAUCGGCGAGUCCUAUGCAGGAACCUUGCCCAACACUCCGUCCGGCAACUCUACUCUGUUCUUUUGGUUCUUCCCAUCGGAGAAUCCCAAGGCUUCGGACGAGAUCACUAUCUGGUUGAACGGCGGUCCGGGCUGCAGUUCCCUGGACGGCUUGCUGCAAGAAAAUGGACCUUUCCUAUGGCAAUCAGGAACCUACCGUCCGAUUCGAAACCCUUACUCCUGGACCAACCUCACCAACGUAGUCUAUGUCGACCAGCCAGCCGGAACCGGUUUCUCUCCGGGACCUCCCACCGUCAACAAUGAGAUCGACGUGGCAAACCAGUUUAACGACUUUUGGAAGAACUUCAUGGACACGUUCGAGCUUCAAGGCCGCAAGGUGUACAUCACUGGCGAGAGUUACGCUGGUAUGUACGUUCCGUACAUUGCGGCCAGUAUGCUGGACAAGAACGACACCAAGUACUUCAACGUGAAGGGCAUCCAGAUUAACGACCCUUCUAUCAACGAGGACGAUACUCUGAUAUAUGCCCCUGCCGUACCGGCAUUGAACUACUUCAAGUCCGUUCUGCCGCUCAAUGAAUCUUUCAUGACCGAGAUCAACGAACGGGCCGAGAAAUGCGGCUACUUUGAUUUCCUGGACAAGGCCCUCACAUACCCGCCUACUGGCAAGCUGCCCACAGCCCCCAACUCGUCCGAGCCCGGCUGCGACGUUUGGGACGUUACCUACGCAGCCCUCCUGGACAUCAACCCCUGCUUCAACAUCUACCAUCUCACGGACUUCUGCCCGUACCUCUGGGAUGAGAUGGGCUUCCCCUCUCUGGCAGGCGGCCCGAACGACUACUUCAACCGCUCCGACGUCCAAGCCGCUAUCCACGCUCCGCCCACAGACUACUCCGUCUGCGGUGAAACGGACAUCUUCCCCAAUGGCGAUGGCUCACUUCCCAGCGCUCUCGGUCCCCUACCAAGCGUGAUCGAGCGUACCAACAACACCAUCAUCGGCCACGGAUGGUUGGACUACCUCCUCUUCAUGAACGGUACUCUCGCGACUAUCCAGAACAUGACCUGGAACGGAGCUCAGGGUUUCCAGAAACCACCUGUCGAGCCUCUCUAUGUCCCUUACCACUGGGGUCUGGCUGAGCUCGCUAAUGGAACUGUCUCGGCUCCGUUCACGCAGGAUGCUGGUGCCGGAUACCUCGGUACAGCGCACACGGAGCGUGGCCUGACUUUCACCUCUGUUUAUCUUUCUGGACAUGAAAUCCCGCAAUACGUCCCUGGUGCGGCCUACCGACAGUUGGAAUUCCUGCUUGGCAGAAUUGGAAACUUGUCUGAGCAGACGGGAUAUACGACUCUGUAAUCACUGGUUACAUUGUAGAUGAAAUAAUGUGUACAUAGAUCUACUACUGGAACUUUAUGGAGAGGUCUUCCAGCCUGCUUAGGAGAAGCAAUGUACAGUGUGGUCAUCUGGUCAGAAAUACGGAAGAACCACUAUAUAUGCAAGUAGAUGUGCCAUCUAUUCUACAUUGUGUAGUCCAGCAAC